AUGGCAACGUGUUUUUGUUGUUUUCGAUGUUUUGGAAAUUCAGGAUUUAACCAUGUGCCUCUUAAAGAAAUCCCGAGUGUAAUGAUGGAUACGACACGAAUGGGUACAGAUGUUGUGAUUGUAAAGGCUGGUAGACGGAUAUGUGGUUCUGGGGCUGCACUCGGGAAUGCACCAAUAGUGCAAGAUAAGUCUUACUUUGAAAUAAAAAUACAGUCCACAGGUGUCUGGGGAAUUGGCCUGGCCACAAGGAAGUGCAAUAUGAACGUAAUGCCUCUUGGGAGGGAUGCUGAAAGUUGGGUGAUGAGGUCCGAUGGAACAUUGUACCACAACGGGGAAAUGAAGCACAAGCUCGCAGUAGAGAUCCAAGAAGGGGACAUAAUUGGCGUUACGUAUGACCAUGUUGAGAUGAACUUUUAUAGAAAUGGAGACUCUCUUCAGUCUCCUUUCGAAGGUAUCCGAGGAACAGUCUACCCUCUUAUAUAUGUGGAUGAAGGUGCAAUCAUAGAUGUGCAGUUCACUGAAUUCUAUCAUCAGCCUCCGAAUGGCUUUGACAAGAUAAUGUUUGAACAAUCUUUGCUGUAGUCUAUCCAGAUUAUAGAUUGGCGGUGUGCUUAUCCCCUUCAAGAGAAAUGGUACAUUCCAAAUUAAAGAUGGCAUCCUGAAGCCUCACAAGAAUUUGCAGAAAGUGUGUAUGUACAUAGAACCUAUAAGUGACUUUCUCAUAAAUAACAUCAUACUAAUUUUCAUCUGUCUUUUAAUGCAUAUUAAAAAUGUCAAAAUCAUGAACUCUGCAUUUUCUUUAUUGGCUGGUUGACUGUUAGAAUGUCCUGUAUGUGCACAAAUAAUAUGCCAGCCCCUAAGAGAGUCAUUUCAGAAAGUCUUGAUAUAUAAGCCUUAGAUACAAUCGAGUGGCAUAAUGAUGGUUAGGAAGAUAAAGCAGUGUUUGAAGCACCUUCAUAGGUUUAAGGGUGGAGGAAAAUAAUAAAGUUUUAAGGGAAUAAAUAUAUACAGUAAAUAAUGGAUAAAAAAAAAUAUGAUUGAUUGAUAAGAAAUGUUGAAUUUAGAGCAUACCUUUUUAUCUAGGGGCAUCGUAAAAAUGUAAUUACUGUAUAUAGCUUGAUAGAGAAUAGUAAUGAAAUUAUUAUACGAGACCAGUGAAAUGAAAAAAGGGAAGCGUAGAUACAAAUUACAAUUAAUAUUUGGCAACAAAUUGUAUUACAGUAUGCAAUUUUAAAUUGAAAUGCAGCAUGUUUCAUAUUUGUUUUUGGUUUACUGCUGAGUAGAGUGUUUCUCUGUUUAUACCAAAGUUGUCUUUGGAUUUUAGAUUGGAUUGAUUUAGUCUUGAUAAACAUAAUCUCUCUUCCAAUCUGUCUGGAAUGUCUCCCUUUUUCAAAGCCCUCAAGGAUCAUACUGCCCUUUCCUGCACAUUGAGUAUUAAUGUAUUAAACCACUGUACCAAGCCAACCAGUUUUUGUUCCAGAAUAAUAAAAGUAGACACAUACUAUUGAAUGACUAACUAGAUCUGAAAACCACAACAUAUAGCAAAUACCACACACUAGUUCAUACUUUAAAGUAUAAUGUUUUUUAAUAUUUUUAAUGUCCAUCUCAGGGAAUCUUACUUUGGGCGUAUUCGACUGGUUCAUUUCGUUGACUACAAAUUUUCGUUGAGUAUUAUUUUCAUUCAACUGGUUCGUAAAUAGACUUCAUUGACAACGAAAAUUAACGUAAACCAGAAUGCGUUAAUCAACGUGACCAAAACAAACAUGGUCGAUUGGUUGGUUUAGAAACAACAAUUGUGUUAAUAUCAUUUAGAUUAAAUUUCAGAAAAUAAAAAUUAUAAUAUUUACCCACAUGAAGUCAAAAAAUAAUUGUAGGCUAACAGAAUUCAAAAAACUGGAUGAAAAUAUUUUUUUUACUAAAAACCCAUACUGC